AUGACGAAUUUGGAAAGCAACGGCGCUUCUGUGAACGACUUUGAAGAUUGGGUCCGUUUCAAGUUUCGGGAGCUUGAACAGAAGGUUGACAAGCUUGAAAGUAGCAACGAGGAAGUUGCUGAUGAUUUGGUGGUUUGGGAAAGCACGAGGUGCAAAGAAUUGGAUCACACUUCCAUCGCAAACGAGGAGACAGUGAAUUGCUUCACGCUAUCAGAAGACGUUUACAUGGUCCUUGCGUCUUCCAAAUUGACAUCGCCCUCAUUUUGGUUCAGCGUUUUGGUCAUAUUCAUAUUCCAGUACACGAUGCUGAUAGUUCUGAUUGCUGACCGCGUAGAUUUCGAAUCUUCGAAUCCGUUGAGACUUCCAGCUAAUGUUGAGACAACAGUACGCCUCGCCCAGACAUUAGCGAUCUUCAUUGCUAUCUUCACGCAAAACGAUCUUUUAGUUGGAAUGCAAAGCCUAUUCCAGGGCCUUCCGCAAGCAUAUCGAGGUGGAUUGGAAGGUCAACGGUUCCAGAAUAUGUCUCCCUUUCAGUGGUACUCAGCAUGUCUUUCUAAGACCCUUCAGGGAGCCCUGAGUUUGAUUGCCGCUUUCAUCUUGAUUAUGCAAUCCCAGAACGUCUUCGAUGUUCUUUUGAAUUUCCUCGGAAUGUCAUUUGUUGGAGACAUUGAUGAUCAGGCAUUUGAACUCGGCUUGGCUACUUUGGCAAAUCCUUAA